UUGUUUUUAGGGUUUAAAGACUGCCAGGUUUUGCGGGAAAAGUUGAAGCAAAAGCCAAAUUGUUAUUUUUUCACAGGCCUGCUGCGAUUUAUUUUAGAGCGAGCAAAAAAGGACUCAUCGGUGAUCAGUCUGGAAAUGCCAAAACUGCGACCUCCCGGAGGAACAAUUAUUGUAUACGAUUGCCAUGGAAUCGAUCAGAAUCGUAUCCUUCACAAUGAUGGGUAUCGUUGGGGUCGCUCAAAAGGUGUAAAACUGAUUCAGAGUGUUGGCAAUAAACUUCUACGCACCUAUCAUUUCCUCUACAGCCCGACGAAUCCAGCCGGCGAUCCGUCUUUCAAGAAGUAUCGUUUCUCUCUCAAAGGAGAAAAUUAUGGCUUAAUGGUUAUGCACUAUCUUGGUGACGAGAAACGUGCAGCCGAAGUUUCCGCUAGGUGCAUGCGGAACAGCGACCAGAUGGCAGGGGUGGAUUUUGAUGAUACACAGCAAAGACUGUUGGAAUUGCGCUCAGUGCAUCUGUUGACACCGUCAGCUCUCGAUGCCCGGUCAUCCGAGAAAGAACGAAAAAAGUACUGCCAAGUGAUACUGACAAAUGUUCGCACUCUCCAGCGCCAUUUGUUGUAUGAAAACGGAGAAACAUUCGUGGAGCGAAUUGAAUUUGAUGAAUCGAGCACGACGCUGGUUUUUCUUUUUUGUUACCCGCUGAUCGAGCAGCUGGUUUCGCUGUCAGCUUUUCUGCAGCAAACCACACCAAAUCGUUGCAUCCAGCUUCUUUAUCAUACCGAUUGCAUUUCUUCCAAUUACCACUUAUCAACACUGGCAUUUCAGCACUCGUUCUUCGAAGGUGAUCAGGUGAUGCCUGUGGCUUUUAUGGUUUAUUCGGCAAACUCUGACCGUAAAAGUGUCCAUAAUAGUUUUCUCUCAACAUUUAACGACAGGUUUGGCGAACAUCUCAGUGGACGUAUUGUGAUUGUCACUGGCCGAAAUGUCUGUUUCUCAGCGGAAUUUUUUCCAAUUGCGGUGCAGGUGCAGUGUUGGGAUGACUUCAGAAAUGUCAAACUGAAGUAUGUCGAAGCGCAUUAUGGAAGUGCCUAUCUCAAGGACUAUUCCAACGACAUGAACAUCUUGAUGAGUUGCACAUACGAGAAGCUUUUUGACGAUAUGUGGGCCAAGAUAAGCGCCUGUAAACGGUAUACUGAACGCCCCGAAGUGUAUGGCUUUUUUGAUAACGUUUGGAAACAUUUCAAGUCUUCAAAUUCAAUUUGGAAUUUGAGGAAUUGCGGUGUGAUGGAUCCUGACAAAGGUAUUUAUUGGAAAGCGUGUAAAGGUUUGAGCAAGACUGUAUGCCAGAUGCGUGAAAAUGCUGCAGAUCUUGAUGUCAUUGUUAUUUCCUUGUUUUUAUUAUCAAAUGCUUAUCGGAGACACUUUAUCGCCGGCUUGCAUCAGUCAGGCGCUUGGCGACUGAAGAAAUGCUACAGGGAUCGCUUCCAGCAAAGUCAUUUGACGAUUGACUGACA